UGGGCGGCAGGCGGGCUCUAGUCCGGUGGUCUCGGAGGAAGUCGGGCGGUCCGGUGCUGAGCAGCGUGGUCAUCCGCACGCAGGUCGACAUCGCCGGGACGAGGAGACGGGAAGUUAAUCACACACCAGCAUGUCUGGAGACGACGACACGCAGGAGCUGACCGUGGCCGACGACUUGGUGGUCACCAAGUACAAAAUGGGGGCUGAAAUCGCGAACCAGGCUCUGAAGCUGGUGGUUGCUGCAGCAACAACCGGAGCGUCGGUGCUCAGCUUGUGUCAAAAGGGAGACGCGUACAUCGCCGAAGAAACUGGGAAAAUCUUCAAGAGGGAGAAGGAGAUGAAGAAAGGAAUCGCCUUCCCCACCUGUGUGUCGGUGAACAACUGCGUCUGCCACCACUCGCCGCUCAAGAGUGACCCGGAUGUGGUCCUGAAGGAUGGUGACGUGGUCAAAAUUGACCUUGGUGUUCAUGUGGAUGGCUUCAUCUCCAACGUGGCUCACAGCCUCGUCGUCGGUGCAACCAAGGACAAGCCAGUGACCGGUCGCAAAGCUGAUGUGGUCCGAGCGGCUCACUUGUGCGCCGAGGCUGCGCUGCGUCUGGUCAAACCAGGAAACCAGAACAAGCAGGUGACAGAAGCCUGGAACAAGAUUGCCAAGUCCUUCAAGUGCUGCCCCAUCGAAGGCAUGUUGUCACACCAGCUGAAGCAGCAUGUGAUCGAUGGAGAGAAAACCAUCAUCCAGAACCCGACAGACCAGCAGAGGAAGGACCACGAGAAGGCGGAGUUUGAGGUGCAUGAAGUGUACGCUGUGGACGUGCUUGUCAGCACCGGGGAGGGCAAGGCCAAGGACGGAGGUCAGCGCACCACCGUCUACAAGAGGGACCCGAACAAGGUGUACGGCCUGAAGAUGAAGACCUCCAGAACGUUCUUCAGCGAGGUGGAGCGACGCUUCGACACCAUGCCGUUCACGCUGAGAGCCUUCGAGGACGAGUCCAAAGCCCGACUCGGCGUGGUGGAGUGUGCCAAACAUGAGCUGCUGCAACCGUUCAACGUGCUCAAUGAGAAGGAAGGAGAGUUGGUGGCUCAGUUCAAGUUCACUGUGCUGCUGAUGCCCAACGGCCCUCUGAGGAUCACCAACAGUCUGUAUGAGCCGGAGCUCUACAAGUCGGAGUUGGAGGUGGAGGACCCCGAGCUGAAGGCUCUGCUGCAGAGCUCGGCCAGCCGCAAGACGCAGAAGAAGAAGAAAAAGAAGGCCUCCAAGACGGUGGAGAGCGCCACUGGCCAGGCGGUGGAGACGGAAGCUGCGGAAUAAAAGGAAGCGAGCUGACGGGCAUCUGACGAUCCCGAAGACCAGACGUCAGGAGGCUUCUGUCCCGUCUGUCCGAGGCACUUUCAGCAUCGUCGCUGUGGAACCUCCAAAUCUAACUGAUGUCAGUGUGGAAUGAUGAUGAUGAUGAUGAUGCUGCUGCUCCCAAAUUCUUCCACUCCACCUAAUACACACACACACACACACACGCACACGUCCCUCGUAAAUCACAAUGCCCUUCAGACGGCCUUAUUGGCCGAACGAUGGACUUGCGCAGGAGAGCUCUGCGCGACGGCCUCUCACCGACCUUGAUUCUUCAUCUCUGUUAUGCUCUGGGAGGUUUAGCUGGAUGAGAACGAGCAGCCAAAGAGAGAGGCUGGGCACUGGUGGGCCUGCAGCCGGAGCUCCGAUCUGAAUGUGAGACCUUCCUCCAGUCGCCAGGGGAGCGCCGUUCUUUCCUCUUGAACUGAAGCCAUCUCAAGUUACUUCCUGGUGUCUUCUCUCAGCUGCCGAUGUGGGAUCCUGUCCCGUCCUUGGGUUCCACCACCGAGUCCGGCGGCUUGUGUUUACAUCAGACAUGUUCAGUACACGGAUGCUUUUGUAAAACCAUCCCACUUUCAGAGACUAUUUUUGGAAACAUUAAAAAACUCCUGACAUCA